GCUGUUUUCCCUGCUUUUCGCCGCCAGCAAACUUUGUAAAUUACCUGGCGUAAAAGAUCAAAUUCACCUGGUACUUAAAUAAUAACACAAAACCUAAGUCAAAAUUGUGUGUUAAAUGCAUUAAAAUAGUAUCUUUAGAACGGCAUCUACGAAAUAUUCGACUGGGAGCCACCGAGGCCAAUCAGCUGUUGCGUAAUUUAAGCGACACGUUUUUAAGGCGUCCCCAAAAUCAAAGUUGAAAUCUCAGAGGGCCACAGAUUUUACGUUCGAACCGGAACCGACCAUGGCCAAGUACAUUGCCCAGAUCAUCGUGUUGGGCGCCCAGGCGGUGGGAAGAGCCUUCACCAAGGCGCUGCGCCAGGAGAUCGCCGCCUCGCAGGAAGCGGCACGUCGAGCGGGCGGAGGAAAGCAGGGCGACAAGAGCGCCGAGUCCAAUCUGCGCACAGGCAUGACGCUGGAGGAGGCCAAGCAAAUCCUGAACAUCGAUGACCCCAAGAACGUGGAGGCCAUCCUCAAGAACUACGAGCACCUGUUCCAGAUGAACGAGCGCUCCAAGGGCGGCUCCUUCUACCUCCAGUCGAAGGUUUUCCGGGCCAAGGAGCGGCUGGACCAUGAAAUCAAGGCCCAGCAGGCACCCAAACCCAAGCAGGAAGCGGCGGAGGAGACGGCGACGCAGGAGGAGCCUCCAAGCAGGGCAAGACAAAGGCGCUGAUUCAAAUCCAUAUUGCCUCCAUCGAACUAUUUUAGCUGAUAAUUGAUAUAAAAAACUACGUGUUAAGUACAAAAAAUGAAAGUCUGUUGGUGUAAAUAGAGUUUUACGAACAUGA